AUGCCAAAGAAUGCUAUAAAAAGAUUGCAAAAACUACAAACCGAAUUAGAAUCCGUUAUAUCAAUAUGCGACGAAGCAAAUACUUGUCUAAACGUUGAAGAAUGUCACACGUUUGAUUUUAAUAAUUUAAAAGAAAAUUCAACGCCGAUAUUUACGACGAAUAAUGAUAUUAGUUCGUUAAGAGAUCAAAAAAUCGAUGGGAAAAAAAAAAUUGACAAAACUCUCGUGUCACCCGUGUCAAAGGUCACCGUGGUAAAACAAAAUCCGACAUCGCACAAUUUAACGACAUGUGCGACGAAUACUUUUUACAACACCGAUAAUGAAUUCGAAUCAAUUAAAAAUCAAUCGGAUUUUAAAUGUAUCGAUGAAUUUCUUGAAAAAUUAAAUUCCGGUCUAAAUUUCGAACAAAAUUCUUCUCCUCCUCCUUCUUGUUCUUCCUCUUCAUCAACGUUCGUUAAUAAUAAUAAUAAAAUUCACAAAAGAAAAUCUGAAAAAUUAAAUGAAAAUUAUAAAAAAGAAAAUUGUUUUCACGCCCCCCCGCGUAAUAUAAACGAGUUAUCGGAAUACAAAAACGUAAGGCGUCACGUUUUAAAAAAAAAAAAAUCCCCAAUUAAGGCACGAAUAAUAAUAAUGAUAAUGAUAAUUUCAGGUUUUACGUAA